AUGAGUCUGCCUCAUGGUAUCAACUCAAACACAGUCCUCUGCUUGAACUGGCCAUUGACUUGCAAAAAGGUGACAAGUACGCCUCUCUCCACGCGCCGCCGUUUACGAGCAGGUGAGGCGGAGAGCAUACUGUGCCACCGAUUCCAAACAACUGGUUUGAACAUUAUAGUGCCUAUCAGCAAGCUCACUGAGGGCCUUGAUGUUCCAAUCAAAAAUAUGGAAACUUGGGUUGCUAGACCUGCUGAAUUCCGCAGGGAAGAGGUUCAGACUAAGGGAAGAAUCUCCCGGCCAAUGAACUCCUUCAUGCUGUAUCGUUCGGCAUACACGGAACGAAUCAAAAAGCUCUUCCGAGUGAAUAACCAUCGGGUAGUCUCCAAGAUUGCGGGUCAAGGCUGGAAGUUUGAGCCAUCUGCUGUCAGGCAAAAGUAUGCAGACUUGGCCAAGCUUGAGCGUGACGCUCACACAGCAGUUCAUCCGGAAUACAAAUACUCGCCUAGAAAGCAACGAAAAUGCGCCACCAACCACCGAAAAGAGGCGGCCUGGUCCGAAUCCGAGUUUUCAGCCGACUCAACUCGCCACCAUAUGUACCCCCCCCAUGACCGGAGCCUCGAAAAGGGCUACUCCAAUGCCAAUCAAGACUUUUCGCCAUACGGGACACUCGAGCAAGAGAUGAGCCUCUCUUGGCCCAACGCAAAUUAUUCCACUAGCCUGUAUCCCGGAUCAUCUCAUAGCUUGAAAUGUACGACAAAUGGUCAAGUAUGCGCAGCAAGUCACUCGCAGCAGAACAUCCAUUGCAGCUCCUCACUCGUUGGCCUUCUAGAUACCUCGCACCCGGAGCUGCUUCAACCGCCCCACUAUAACCAAGUGGCCUACCAUAUGGACCCCGUGCUGCUCGUGUAUCCGAAUGCUAGUGAGGCUGUCGAAUUUCCCAACAUAGCUGGAGCCAUCAUCGCCUCUGGUACCUCCACAUACACAAUGUAUGACGACAAUAUAAUCACAGACUACUGCCGUACCACAAUGGCACCAUUUAUGACUGGCAUUUUCUGA